AUGAGGAACCUCUUAGUGUGUUUUCUCACCCUAGCACUGAUGGCACAAGCUGUGGGGGCUCUGCAGUGUUAUCAUUGCCCUACCGGAGGAAGAUGCUUCAGCACCCAGACCUGCAGAAAAGGCUUAGAUUAAUGUAUGACCAUGUUUUUUCCUACCCUUGCUAAAUACACCAAGCGAUGUGCCUCUCGGUAUGAGUGCGACGUCAUGAGGGUCAUGGGUGGAUCAGUACUGAAGGCUGUUUGCUGCGGCACUAAUCUGUGCAACAGAUAG